AUGUGUGGGUUGGUGUUUGAGGAUCUGUUGGCACAGGGUGGUUUGGUUGAGAUUGAGAAAAAGAACAUCAAGAAGGGUCAGCUUCUUUAUGAUACAAUUGAUCAGAGCAAUGGGUUCUAUAGGUGCCCCGUUGAGAAAUCUGUGAGGUCAUUAAUGAAUGUUCCGUUUACAUUGGAGAAGUCUAAAUUGGAGGCUGAGUUUGUUAAGGAGGCAGCGAAGGAGAAUAUGGU